AUGUGCUUUACGGUUUACCACAUUGACCAAGCCUCGGCAGUGUUGCUUUUUUUGAGCAUCGAACUGGCAAUUUGGCUGUGCGUCGGUGGUAUUCAAGAUGCUGAGCCUCAGUUCCUUUGCGCGCCGCUGCGCUCUUUCCUCACAGACGGCGGCAUGCCUGCGCGCAGCCUCAUCCGACGUGUCGGGACUGAAGGCCCGCUUGUCGGAGAUCAUUCCAGCUCAGCAGCAGGAGGUCAAGGCGUUCCGUAAGGAAUUCGGAGGCACCAAGAUCGGCGAUGUCACUGUCGAAAUGGCGUAUGGUGGCAUGCGUGGCAUCAAGGGCAUGGUCUGCGAAACCUCCGUCCUGGAUGCCGACGAGGGCAUUCGUUUCCGUGGUUAUAGCAUCCCCGAGUGCCAGGACCUUUUGCCCCGCGCUGCUGGCAUGGAGUCGGAAGGAGAACCCCUCCCGGAAGGUCUUUUCUGGCUGCUGAUGACCGGCGAGGUCCCCACCACCGAACAGGUCCGCGCUCUGUCGCAGGAGUGGGCGUCGCGCGCCUCCGUCCCGCCGCACGUGGUCUCGCUCGUCACUAACCUGCCGUCCACGCUGCACCCGAUGAGCCAGUUCUCCGCGGCCAUCGCAGCCCUGCAGUCCGAGAGUCGCUUUGCACAAGCCUACGGCGAGGGUGUGCACAAGAGUACAUACUGGGAGCAUUGCUACGAGGACGCAAUGGACCUCAUCGCCAAGCUGCCCACCGUCGCCUCGCUCAUCUACAAGGUGAUCUACAAGGACGGAGACGUCACACCGAUCGACUCCAACCUCGACUGGUCUGCCAACUUCGCCAACAUGCUGGGAUUCCGCGACUCCGAGUUCCACGAGCUGAUGCGCCUCUACCUGACCAUCCACUCCGAUCAUGAGGGUGGCAAUGUCAGUGCACACACAUGCCAUCUGGUCGGCUCGGCUCUCAGCGACCCCUACCUCAGCUUCAGUGCGGCAAUGUGCGGUCUGGCUGGCCCCCUGCACGGACUGGCUAACCAGGAAGUGCUUGUGUGGAUCACGGAAAUGCAGUCCAAGCUCGGAAGCAGCCCAUCCGAUGCCGAUGUUGCGCAAUACGUCAAGGACACGUUAGCUUCUGGACGAGUUGUGCCUGGAUAUGGACACGCUGUGCUGCGCAAGACUGACCCGCGCUACACGUGCCAGCGCGAGUUUGCUCUCAAGCACUUGCCCGACGAUCCUCUCUUCGACCUCGUCUCCAAGGUCUACCAAGUCGUGCCGCCGAUCCUCACCGACCUUGGCAAGGUCAAGAACCCGUGGCCCAAUGUGGAUGCACACAGCGGCUGCUUACUCCAGCACUACGGCCUGAAGGAGAUGCAGUACUACACCGUUCUGUUUGGAGUGUCUCGCGCCCUCGGCGUCCUCUCCUCCCUGGUCUGGGACCGCGCUCUCGGUCUGCCCAUCGAGAGGCCCAAGAGCAUGAGCACCAUUGGGCUCAAGAAACUCGUCAACGCUAAGAACAACUAGACGAUGACGUCGUGAUCCGUAUCCAAUGACAUCAUCAACAUGCAAUUACAUCAUCCUCGUGAUGCGUCGCGGCUAUCCAGCGUGUCGCUCACUGUCAUGUCGCCGACGUAUACAUUGCUGUAGCUUCUUUCUUUCCGGUUGCAUUGUACGUGAUCAUGUUUUGUAUCUCGCCGUGCCUCUAUCUCUCUCUCCUCACCCAUCACUUGGCACACUUGCGAUUGUCCGCGCCCCUGCUCCGCUCCGUAUUUGAGUUUCACCGCUCUCUUCCUUCCUCAGCCGGUGCUGGUGCCGAGUAGAAUUUAAGCAGCUUAUUUCCUCCGUGUGUUGCAUGCGAGAGCGUGUUGCUCUUGCGUUCUGUUUGUCCCUGCAGACAGGGUGUACGUUUUUUUGCGAAGAUUUCGUUGUGCGUGUACUUCCACUGUCAGGUCGUUCUUGGUGUUGCGGUGCUGUGCAACGCUCCAUCGUGUA